AGACGACGUGAAGACGGAUGUAAAGCAAUGGUUCGAAAGGAAUGGCUAGAUAAUAGGUGGGUCGUCCCAUACAACCCACACCUCUUGCGCUACUUCAACUGUCACAUCAAUGUUGAGGCAUGCGGCAGCAUAAAAGCCGUCAAAUACAUGUUCAAAUACAUCUAAUAGAUAUCAGGAAUAUGCUACAAUCAAUGGGCAAGGAGAUAGAGUCAUUCCCUCUUCCCGAUAUCCAGGAAGAAUAUGACACUUCCAUCGGUGUGACAAGGGAGAUCUUCGAGGAAUCCACCAUAGAGCUCAAUGUUGAGGACACAUAUCUAUCAGAUUCACUUAAUUCAGAUCAGAGGGCCGCAUACGAUGAAAUUAUGUCUGCUAUUGAUCGUGAUGAGGGUGGUGUCUUCUUUGUGGAUGGGCCUGGAGGCACCGGAAAGACUUUUUUGUACAGAGCACUACUCGCAAUGGUACGUGGGCAGAAAAAAAUUGCUAUAGCGACAGCUACGUCCGGUGUUGCUGCUUCCAUAAUGCCAGGAGGGAGAACAGCUCAUUCACGGUUCAAGAUACCGUUAGGCAUUGAUGAUGGUGGGUUUUGUAGCUUUACAAAACAGAGCGGGACUGCAAAGCUCCUACAGUCAGCUUCUCUCAUUAUUUGGGAUGAGGCUUCCAUGACAAAGAGGCAGGCAGUGAAGGCGUUGGACAACAGUAUGCGCGACGUGAUGAGCCGACCAGACCUGCCGUUCGGAGGAAAGACAGUUGUGUUCGGUGGAGAUUUCAGACAAGUCCUCCCUGUUGUCCGUAAGGGGUCUAGGGCUCAGAUAAUUAAUUCAUCGCUGCGUAGGUCUUACCUUUGGGAUUCCAUGCGUCACCUUAAGUUGGUACGCAAUAUGAGGGCACAUAGUGACCCAUGGUUUGCAGAAUAUCUAUUGCGCAUUGGUGAUAGUAAGGAGGAGACAAAUCGAGAUGGCGAGGUCCGCCUUCCAGACGAGAUAUGUGUGUCAAGAACUGGGAAGGACACUGACCUUGAUACACUGAUAGACAAUACUUUUCCUAGCCUCGAUGCUAACACGUCAGACCCAGACUACAUCACCUCCAGAGCAAUCUUGUCGACGCGGAAUGAUUGCGUGGAUAGGAUUAAUUUGAAGAUGAUCAGUCGAUUCCAAGGAGAUGAGAUGGUGUACCAUAGUUUUGAUUGUGCGGUUGACGACCCUCAUAACUACUAUCCUCCUGAAUUCCUUAACACAUUGACCCCUAAUGGGCUGCCCCCGCAUGUGUUGAAGCUCAAGAUUAACUGCCCUGUCAUAUUGCUCAGGAACAUUGACCCCGCGAACGGACUUUGCAAUGGCACGAGGCUGGUGGUUCGAGGAUUCCAAAGGAAUGUCAUCGAUGCAGAAAUUGUCCUUGGCCAACAUGCUGGAAAAAGGAUCUUCUUGCCAAGGAUUCCCCUUUGCCCCUCUGAUGAUGAGAUGUUUCCUUUUCAGUUCAAGAGGAAGCAAUUUCCAAUAAGGCUCAGCUUCGCCAUGACGGUUAACAAGGCACAGGGGCAAACUAUCCCGAAUGUCGGUAUUUACUUGCCCGAGCCAGUGUUCUCUCACGGGCAGUUGUAUGUUGCACUAUCUAGAUCCACCGCUAGAAAGAAUGUCAAGAUUCUUGCCGUCCCUGAUGCUGGUAAUAAGAAAAGAAACUCCGAUGACAGCAAAAAGAAGAGUUCAACUAGCAGCAAAAACGAGAGCUGCGAUUAUCCUGUUGGUACGUACACGAAGAACAUCGUCUAUAAAGAGAUCCUUACAUCAUAGGUCACCUCUGUCCUGGAGUCAUUUGUGUUAAUAACUUGCAUCUUGUUAUCAUGUGUUACUGAGAGAAACCGGACCAGUGUACCUAAGUAUAAAUUCUUGAGUGCAUGAAUACCAGAGCUGAAGUGAAAAUUCUGCUUGUCUUUUGAUAUGUUUUAUCUCGAGUAGAGGAAGAUGGUUCAUGUCCAAGCAAAUCACCUACCUGCAAGCUUCUUGACAUCUCACUAAUUCGAUAUUUUAUUUCUCUUCACUCUUUUCUGAUAUGUAAAAUCAUGCAUAAUAUUUUCAAUGUAGUUGAUGUAUAUAGUUUCCAAGGUAGCUUGCUGAAAUGAUGAUGAAGUAUUUGUACAUCGUAUUUGAGGCCUAGAUGCGACUUGUAAAUUAGGGCUAUAAUUUUUGAAAUAUGCUUUACAUUACAAAUUAUUAUGUGCAUUAGGUUUUUUGAAAAUUCGAAAAUGUAAGGUGUAUCUGGCUUUAACUUUUUUUAGUAAAAAAAAUGUGCGCUUCAUUCAACCAAAGAUAAUGUUCUUACUAUCAGCUUUACAUUUAUUUUUUUAAAGAGGGACGGCCUCUCUGAAUUUCAUUUAACUGAAACCAUAAUAUGUUAUCAGCUCAUAGACUAUGUAGAAUAAAAUGAGGGCUAUGAUCCAGCCAACGUGCUUCUGCGCCACUCACGCACAGUCAUGAGUAUCAACAUUUGCUCUCCUGGUAGCAAAACGAAUAUCAUCAGAAGACUUAAAAAAUGGACUGCUUUGUGUUUCCAUCUU